CUCCAUCCACACCUCAUCAUCACCCUCGCCCUCACCCUCGCGCAACGAUGUCGCAACGCAUCGAGAAGGGCGCACCGCGCUUCAAGCCGGGCAUGGGUGCUGGUGGUCCGCCCAAGCGCAAACAGCUAGGCAUGACAGGCGGGCGUGCUCCCAUUGCGCCUCCAGCUGGAGCGGCGAGGAGGACUCCGGGAGCCAUGUCCCCUCCCCCUGUAGCGCCUGCGCAGAUUGCUUCAUCCCCUGCCACUCAUCAGCCCACAAGAAGCUACGCGCACGCCGCACCCACCACCUCGUCAUCAUCAGCAGCAGGCGGUACGGCUGGCUCACGCGCAUCCGCCACCACUGGCCCUUCCUCUGCCGGUGGGAUAAGCUUCAAAGCUCCUACGCUCAAGCCUCGCACUCCUGGCACAACCGCCGGGAGCGCUUUUACACCCCGAGCGCGCCCUACGCCUACUCCCUCCGUUGUAGACGACGAGGGAGCCAAUCAGACUGCCACGCCUGUCCCGUCUGAGGGUCGACCUAGGACGUCCUUCGCUCCGGGGUCGAGCUCCAUGUUUGCGCCCAGGGCUCAGGCUCCAGCUGCAACCAACAAGGCACCUUUGGGAUCGAGAGCAUCUGCUGCUGGAUCGCCGCCUCCUCUUGCGGCGACGGCUGGACGUCAGAAGUCGGCCACUCCCCUGGCUAGAGCAAUGGCAGCAUCGCCUCCUCGCAGCGAAGCGAUCCCACCAGCUCAAGGGCAGAGACAGGCAGAGGCGGGGCCUUCGACGGCGGCAAGCAAGGCCAUGUCGCCUCCUCCUCCUCGAUCAAAAUCAUUCGCACCAAGGGCAAUGUCCCCGCCAGCUGCUCGCUCAGCUUCCUUCGCCCCUCGAGCAAUGUCCCCUCCAAGGCCAAGCCAAGUGCAGCCUGCGCCCUCAGUGAUGGUGCCUCCUCAGCUGCCUCCCUCUGCUUCAGCCUCGACCUCAAAAGCCAGACGCACGAGCAAUGAGAACGACGACCAAGCCGAAUCUCAGGUCGCCUCGUCGGCCGAUCCUAGCCAACCCUCGGCACCCAAGCGCCAAUCGCUAAGCCAGAGCACCUCUGCUUCCCAAGUUCCCCCGUCCUACCCCAACAAGCCUCCCCAACCCUACUUCCUCUUUCAAGCUGAGCGUCGCCCCGCCCUACGACAGGAACACCCGCAAGCCUCAAUGUCGGAGCUAUCGAAGCUGCUCGGCGCGGAAUGGAAGGCGAUGUCCUCAGAGGGAAAGGAUCAGUUCAAAAGGCUACACGCCGAGAAGACGCGCGAAUUUGAGACUCAGGUAGAAGAGUGGAUUAGUCAGAACCCGGAGCAGGCUUCGCAAAUGAGCGAAAAGCAAAAGGGAAAGAAGAGGACGAAGCCGAGUGCAAUAUUGCCUGAAGGGGUGGCGCCUCCUCCAAAGAAGGCGCCCUCUGCGUACUUCCUGUUCGCUCAAGGGUGCAGGGAGAAUGCCAAGGAGGCAGCAGCGGCUGAGGCGAGGGGCUCGGAUGCGGAUGAUGAUGACAACGAAGCUGCAGGGGAGAGCAGCACGGCCAAUGGCAAGACCAAGAAGAAGAAGCGCCGUCGCUCUAGCACCUUAGGUCCCGGACCCAGCGCUCGUGAGAUAGGCGACAAGUGGCGUCUCCUUCCCCUCGAGGAGCGUCAGACCUACCUUCACCAAGCCAAGCAAUAUCGCAUCCGGUACAAGCGUGACCUCUCCGCCUGGCGUCAGGAGCACCCCGAGGUCGCAGCGCAGCUUGGCUUGCACGAGGACGGAGACGAUGAAGACGAUGGAGCAGAAAGCGAAGUCUCCGAAGGCGGCACACAUCAUCGCCGCAAGAAGCGCAAGCGUUCCGCUGCGAAGCACAAGAAUACCGCGUCAGAUGAUGAGCGGGAGUACCAAGCCCUCGUUGCCGAGCAUGGUCCCUCUCUCGCCGCUACGCGCCUGGACGCCUCCUCAACCAUGAUGACUGACAUCGCAGGGGACGGCAAUGACUACAAUUCCAAACGUGGCCGUGCGUCGGAUCGCACAUUUGAGCUCGACCGUAUUCGCGAAGGCCAACUGGCAGAACAGCGCGCGGCCCGUAAUGCAAACAAGCAAAGUCUCGAGGCGGUGAGGAAUGAGCUGAAGGAGCGGCUCAGGCGCGCCAGAGAGGGUGAGAGGGUCGAGCUGCCCACCCGAGAGGAGGCUGAGAGGAGGAGGGAGAUGGUGGAGCAGGAGCGCUCAGCAAAUGGAGAUGAGGAUGAGGAGGACGUGGAAGACGAGCUUGGCGGCCGACCACAGGACCGCCGCAGGCAGCAAGAAGCCUUCACCGGUGUCGGGGAUCUGGACGCCACCAGUGCAAGUGGAGCAAUUAGCGACCGCGAAGGGGAUGGGGACGAGGAGGAGGUAGAGACCCUGGAUGGCGGGGGAAGCACCAGCGCCCGUCGUCCCAGCAACGCCGGCACCGAUGCCGCCUCUGACGCUGGCUCAGCUCGCACAGCAACGACGAUGGGCACCCAUCACUCGCUCCGCGAGAAUGCCCAAGCCCCUCAAAUGCGCAUCGUCGACGGUCAAAUCGUCGUCGACCAAUCCUCCCUCACCAUCAAUCGUAACGAGGAGACCAUCUUCGAGGAAGCGGACAUGGUGGAGGAAGUGGCAGGACACCGCUUCGUCAAUUCUGCCACACACUCCAAACGUGGUCGUCUCACUGCAGCCGCCAAUGCCACCAAUGGCAAAGGUGCCGCAGCCACAGCGACAAAGGCAGCCGCGGCAGCCGCAACGGCCAAAUGGUCUGCGGGGGAAACGGACGAGUUCUACCGCGCCGUCUCUAUGUGGGGGACCGACUUUGAGAUGAUCUCUCGGAUGUUCCCUGCGCGUACUCGAAAGCAGAUCAAGGCGAAAUGGACGCGCGAGGAUAGGGCCAACCCGCGCAAAUUGGACGACGCAUUCAGGAGGAAGGUGAGCGUCAAGCUGGACGAGUAUGCGCUUAUGGCCAACGUGGAUCUGAGCGGUCCAGCGCCGGAGGUCAAGGUUGAGAUGCGACCACAGGAGAAGAAGGAGGAGGAGGAGCCCGAUGAAGACGUGGUAGACGAGGGUGAAGAGGGAGGAGACGCGGGAGCGAAGAGUCGCAAAAUCAGUCAAACGCCAGACCCGCUCGCGUCUGGAAGAGGACGUCGUGGCUCUUCGGUCGCCUCUGCCCGCUCGGGCACUGCUGGUGCUGGAGGUGAUGCUGGGCCCAGUCGCUCCAGUCGCCAUCGCAGCGCUGCGUCGGAUGCGGAUGAUAGGCAGGAGAGAGAACGCAGGCGUCGCAGGAGGGAAGAGGCCGAAGCUGGGCCAGACGAGGAAGAGGUGGUGGAUCUGCCCAGCGAUAUGUAAGGCAGGGCGGGAAGAAGAGACAAGAGGCAAUAUCACAAGAUAUCCAGUCAUAGACUACAAUCCAGCCAUUUCA